AUGAGGCCUGAAUAUGAAGUAACAGGUGAUGAAAGUUCAAGACGAAUUGACUUCGCAAUCAAGCUCGAGAAUUCCUUUCAAAUGAAUAAGAAGAAACGAAAGCAGGGUGAUGAUGAUGAUUUUGAUUAUCUCUAUGGCAUUGUUACAACAGCUUGGGACUGGCACUUCCUACUGUAUACUCUGGGGGUAAUCUCACAAGGUGACUCUAAGGAAUAUCAAACAUUGCGAAGUGGCGUGAAGAAGGUGUUGGAUAUAAUAGUAGGGUUAUUAAGGGAUAGGACAUAUGCAGAAGAUAAUUCUUCCUCAAAGAAAAAAGCUAGAAUAGAGG